ACUUGGAUGGGAGUUUGGCAGCCCUCACUGUGAAAAAUCAGUGAAGCUUGUUUCUGUGAAGGCUUACACUCUACGAUGAAUGUAUCUGAGGAGCGAGAGGACGGGGUCUCCACCUCUAAAGUAACUUUCUCUGAGAAACAUGACAGUCAGACCAGAGCUAAGAGCCAGGUGAAGCUGGAGAGUGCAGACUCAUCUGGAGACAGCCAUAUGUUUAUGAAAACAGACAGCCCAAUGAACCAGGAGAGACCAGUGUCCAUGAGAAGUGACCGUUCUAAAAAUGAACCUAUUGCGUUCAAGAGGGACGGGCCGAAUGUUGUGCCAAGAAACCACAUACCAAGUACAAACCUGUACAGCCUUAAUAUAAGCAAAAAAAUGACUUCACAACCACGCCUAGUGAACCAGGAGAGACCAGCUAUUCCCAGCUGUGUGUCCAUGAGAAGUGACCGGUCUAAAAAUGAACCUAUUAAGUUCAACAAUGAAGGGCCGAAUGUUGAGCCAAGAGGUCAGGUUGUCAGUGAUCAGCUUGUCCAGAAGCAUCAAACAAUAGACUCCAUUUUCACGCUUCUUGAACAAGAAAUUGGGACUUAUGUGAAGAAUGAACUGAAGAAGCUUCAGAAACUUUUGAGUGCAGAAUAUCCAGACUGCUCUGAGAAGCUGAGAGAAGAUGAUGAAGUCAGGGGUGGUGAAGAAGAAGAGCACAGAAGCAGCAGCAGAGACGCAUUUUUGACAAUCACACUGAACUUCCUGAGGAAAAUAAAUCAGGAGCAGAUGGCUGACACUCUGCAGAGCAAGACAGCUGCUGCAAUUUGCCAACGUAAACUUAAAUCUAACAUGAAGAAGAAGUUUCAGUGUUUGUUUGAGGGGAUUGCCAAAGCAGGAAACCCAACACUUCUGAACCAGAUUUACACAGAGCUCCACAUCACAGAGGGAGACAGUAGAGAGGUCAAUGAUCAACAUGAGGUCAGGCAGAUAGAAGGAGCAUCACAAAAACGUGCAAGUUUAGGAACAACAAUCAGCUGUGAGGAUAUGUUUAAAGCUUUGCCUGAAAGAGAUGAACCAGUCAGAACACUGGUGACAAAGGGAGUGGCUGGCAUUGGGAAAACAGUCUUAAUGCAGAAGUACAUCCUGGACUGGACUGAAGACAAAGCCAACCACAAUAUACAGUUUAUUUUUCCAUUCACUUUCCGAGAGCUCAAUUUGUUGAAAGCAAAAAACUACAGCUUGGUGGAACUUCUUCAUCACGUCUUUCCUGAAACCAAAGAAGCAGGAAUCUGCAGGUUUGAACAGUUCCAGGUUCUGUUCAUCUUUGACGGUCUGGACGAGUGUCGACUUCCUCUGGACUUCCACAACAAUGAGAUCCUGACUGAUGUUACAGAGUUGACCUCAGUGGAUGUGCUGCUUACAAACCUCAUUAGAGGUAAACUGCUUCCCUCUGCUUGCCUCUGGAUAACCACACGACCUGCUGGAGCCAAUCAAAUCCCUCCUGAGUGCAUUGACAUGGUGACAGAGGUCAGAGGGUUUAGUGACCCACAGAAGGAGGAGUACUUCAGGAAGAGAUUCAGAGAUGAAGAGCAGGCCAGCACAAUCAUCUCCCACAUCGAGACAUCACGAAGCCUCCACAUCAUGUGCCACAUCCCAGUCUUCUGCUGGAUCUCUGCUGCAGUUCUGGAGGGUGUGCUGAAAACCAGCGAGGGAGGAGAGCUGCCCAAGACCCUGACUGAGAUGUACAUCCACUUCCUGGUGGUUCAGACCAAACAGAGGAUUGUAAAGUAUGACAGCAGGACAGUUACAGGCCAUGUCUGGAACACAGAGACCCAGAACACAGUUCUCACUUUGGGAAAACUGGCUUUUGAGCAGCUGGAGAAAGGAAACCUGAUUUUCUAUGAAUCAGACCUGAAAGAGUGCGAUAUUGACAUAAAAGCUGCCCCACUCUACUCAGGACUUUUCACAGAAAUCUUCAAAGAUGAGCGUGGGCUGAAUCAGGACAAGAUAUUCAGCUUUGUCCACCUGAGCAUUCAAGAGUUUAUGGCUGCACUCUAUGUUUUCCUGACGUUCAUCAACACCGGUGUGGAUCUACUGAGAAAAAAGCGGUUCACCUCAGCACGGCGUAAAUCUAUCUUUAAACACCUCUACAAGAGUGCGGUGGACAAGUCUUUACAGAGUCCAAAUGGACACCUUGACUUGUUUGUCCGCUUCCUUCUGGGCCUUUCACUGGAGACCAAUCAGAUGCUCCUGCAAGGCCUGCUGAAAAAGACAGGAAGUAAACCAAAAGUCAAAAAGAUGCUAGUGCAGUACAUCAAGAAGUUGAUCAGGCACAAUCCUUCUCCAGAGAGAAGCAUCAAUCUGUUCCACUGUCUGAAUGAGCUGGAUGACAAUUCUCUAGUGGAGGAGAUCCAACAGUACCUGAGAUCAGGACAUUUAUCUGACAACAAUCUAGCUCCUUACCAGUGGUCAGCGCUCGUCUUCAUCUUACUGUCAUCACAAAAAGAUCUGGACAAGUUUGACCUGAAGAAAUUCUCUGCUUCAGAGGAGGGACUUCAGUGGCUGUUGCCAGUGGUCAAAGCAUCCAAAACCGCUCUGCUGAACGGCUGUAACCUCUCAUGGAAAAGCUGUGAAACUCUGGUCUCAGUUUUCACUUCCAAGAACUCUAGUCUGAGAGAGCUGGACCUGAGUAACAAUGAACUGCACGAUAAAGGAGUAGAGCUGCUCUCAGCUGGACUUAAGAGUCCACACUGUAGACUUGAGAUUCUCAGGCUGUCAGAUUGUCUGGUCACAGAGAGAGGCUGCGCUUCUCUGGCUUCAGCUCUGAGCUCUAACCCCUCUCAUCUGAGAGAGCUGGACCUGAGCUUCAAUCAUCCAGGAGACUCAGGAGUAAAGCUGCUGUCUGCUGGACUGAAUGACCCACACUGGAAACUGGAAACUCUCAAGAUUGAUCACUGUGGAAAACGUCGACUGAAGCGAGCACCCUUCAGGUAUUUCUGUGAGUUUUCACUGGACCCAAACACAGCAGACAGAAACCUUUCACUGUCUGACGACAACAGACGAGUGAGGGUGGUGAAAGAGAAGCAGCCAUAUCCUGAUCAUCCAGAGAGAUUUGAGGGCUGGAAACAGCUGCUGUGUAGCGAAGGUCUGACUGGACGCUGUUACUGGGAGGUAGAGUGGGAAGGAAAGGUUAACAUAGGAGUGACAUACAGAGGAAUCAAGAGGAAAGGAGACAGGGAUGACUGCUGCAUUGGAUGGAACAAUCAGUCUUGGAGUCUGUUCUGCUCUGCUCAGAGUUACACUGCCUGGCACAAUAACACACCAACAGACAUAUCUACAUCUCCGCCCACUGAUGCUAACAGAGUAGCAGUGUAUCUUGACUGGCCUGCUGGCACUGUUUCCUUCUACUGUCUCCCCUUCACAGUCUCCUCAAUCAAAAAGAUCCACCUCCACACCUUCCACUCCACAUUCACUGAACCUCUCUACCCUGCAUUUGGGUUUGGAAAAAUGCGUGAGUUUAAGACUGAAUCUAGAUGGUUAGCAUCCUCUGUUUAUCUGUCACAGUUUGAAGAAUAAAUGUCUCUUGUAUAAAACAGUGGUUCCCAAAGUAAAUGGGUGCUGUGCAUGCCGGGGUUCCUUAAGACAGUGUCACAAGAUUCAUUUCCAAUUUUUUUCACGUUAAUGUUUUACCACAUGAAAGAGUCAAAAUCACCAGAUUAAAAACCCUGUUCUACAUGUUAUAUGUGCAUAUAUAUGGGUUUUCUAGAUGAAUUGUAGAUAGAAAUAAUGACUGUAAGAGCAAGUGAUGUAUAUAUUUUUUCACUAAAGCUAAAAGAAAUACUGAUACAAGAGCUCUCACCACAGACUGAGACCAACAGCCAGUUAAAAACCUGAAAUUAGACUACAAAGUGGAACAUGUCAUUUUGUGGAUACGCUUGCUGUCUCGUAUCAAAACUACAUGUCUGUAGGACAAAACUAAUGCAGCAUAUACCAGACAUACCACUCUUUAGCAAAUAUAUUGAAUACCGCACAGAAUCAUUUUUGUAAUUUAUUUUGGGAAAAAGUCAACAAUAAAUGCUGGCUCCUUGCCUGUAAUUCUUA